AUGCCAAAGGAUGAUGAGUCUAAGAACCCACAGCAAGCUGCCAAUACCCAGCGCCAGAGGAGCCCUCGGAAACAGAAUACUCGCCCGGGAGCUAAGGUACGGCCGACACCGCAGCCGGCUACCGUCGCUACGGAGGCUGAAGAGGCUGAGUCCACGGUUAAUGCAAGCGAUAAGCCGGAACCUCCCAAGACUGGAUCGGAUGAUGCCGAGGCUAUGGAUCUUGAUGAUGAACUUCCCGCGAACACGGCCACGAGUGCGGACACAAACGCAAAUGUAGAGCCAGGUCCAGCCAAGGAUGCUGGGAAAGAAACCCCUUCGCAGACCCAGCCGGCUUCGAGUACAAUGGAAAACUCAAAAGAGAGCAAACUCUUCAACCUGGACGGGCUACGUGAAGCUGCGCCAUUCACCUCUACAAGUCACGGCGGUAUUGACGAUCUGCAAGACAUCCACGCCAGUCUACCUUUCGAAUCCCGUGCCAAAACUUCCAGAACCACAAUGAAUGACAUCCGUGCUCCCAAGCUCGUGUUGCCCAACCCCCCGAAACGCCCGCAGCCGCCGCCGCUGGUGCCCAUGAGUCUGGGGUCCGAGCGACUCGGGCUGUCGCGCGCUGCCUGGGACCGACACCUCGCAGAAAUGGAAUUCUACAUGCGCCGGUGGAGCGCUUUCAACAAAGAAAUGCUGAACCACUUCGUUGCGCGCCAGGAGACACUCGACACGGGAAUGGCUCCACACUGGCUAGGCGCUGUGGGCGACUCGACCGGUGUGAAGGUCAGUAAUGGGGAUGGCCAGGAAGACUCCAAGGAAACGCAGGAGGACGACGAUGAUGACACCAAGGUCCCCCAAAGCAGCAAGUGUGGUUUCAACGCCUACGUGCGCGCGCUUGAGCAGGAUAGGCAGGCCCAAAAGCACUGGGAAGUGGCGAGGGAGAUGCACAUGGAAUGUAUCUUCGCGCACGGACAGCUGCGGGAUUCGCUUCUGAACAGUAGUCGGCUUUUCUGA